AAAUUCAAAAACGUCUGACACAUCUGCCAACCAACUCACAGUACUUUUUGUUAUUGCACCAGCACACACUGGAUGACCAUUUUACCCACUCAUGUUUUUCUCUCUCUCUACCUAAGAAAGUAAAAAACAAAAAGAAUCUAUGAUACGUUAUAAAAGGAAGGAAAGGCAAUGAGAAUUUACAGUCUCUAUGUUGACUAUGGUCUUCUUGGAUCACCAAAAUCCAUUAACAAAAAAAGCAAAUUUUGUAGAUGGGCAUGGACCGUUUGAUCCGCAGAGUCCUUGCAUUGCUUCGCAGAUCUAGUCAUGGCCCAAUAUCAUUUGUGAGGCACUUUUCAUACAAGGAUAUAAAGAAGGGGACAGAUGAUUUUCAGAGGAUCAUAUAUAGCAAUUCUCAUGGAACUGCUUAUAAGGCCAAACUCCAAGAUGGUGGGGUUGCUUUGGUAAAAGAAGUAGGAGCUUUUGAUCAAGAAAAUGAUGUCUUCUACAGAGAAGUGCAACUCCUGGGCCGCUUGCAUCACCGUCACCUUCUUCCACUCAGAGGGUUUUGCACAGGACAUAAGACUAAGAGGCUGCUAGUUUUCGACAACAUAGAAAAUGGAAGCUUGAAGGAGCAUCUUAGUGAUCCUCUUAAGACUCCCUUGAGUUGGAGGACAAGACUACAAAUAGCCAUUGGUGUUGCCUCUGCAUUGGAAUAUUUGCUUCUGUUCGCUGACCCCCCGAUGUAUCAUGUCUCCAUCAGCUCAAGUAAUAUCAUUUUAGAUGAUCAAUUUACAGCAAAAGUAGCUGAUGUUGGCCUUUUUACUUCUGUUGGAAAUCACAUCACAGCUCCUCAUGCCUCAUGUUCAGAAGAGUGUAUGGUUCAGGAACACGGUAACAUUAUACUCCAGCUAGGGGUGCUGAUUCUGGAGCUUAUUACUGGUCAGUGUUCAGAGAAGGGAGGUGCUGAUCUAAUCCAAUGGAUCCAAGAAUCUCGCUUUGCAAGCUCCAUGCAUAAGAUGAUAGACCCCGAUCUAGGAAAUAAUUAUGAUUCUAGGGAGCUCAAAAAUCUUCUAUCUGUAGCAAAAUUAUGUAUUAAAUCUGGGGAUAAGCCAAAAUUUUCUAUUCCACAGAUAAUUCAUUAUCUCCAGAAAAAGGUAGAUAUUCCAUGUGACUAGUACAUUCACUCUCCAGUGUAACUUCAUAGGAAAUUUUCAUAUAUAUUAAAUUAAUUGAUUCAUGAA